AUGUCUGCCUUCAACGUCGUUGUCUUUGGUGGUGACCACUGCGGUCCUGAGGUUACUGCCGAAGCUAUCAAGAUUCUUCGUGUCAUUGAAAAAAACCGUGAUGUCACCUUCAACCUGCAGGACCACCUCCUCGGCGGUGCCCUCACCGCUGCUAAGAAUGCCGACGCCGUUCUCCUUGGUGCCAUCGGCGGACCUAAAUGGGGAACUGGCGCCGUCCGCCCGGAGCAAGGAAUCCUCAAGCUCCGCAAAGAAAUGGAAGUAUGCCGGGGCGUAGACUUCAACAUCAUCCGCGAGCUGACCGGCGGCAUCUACUUCGGCGAGCGCAAGGAAGAUGAUGGCAGCGGCUUCGCAAUGGACACAGAGCCCUACAGCCGCCACGAGAUCGAGCGCAUCACCCCUACUUCACGUCUGUGGCGCAAGGUCGUUACUGAGGUUAUGGCUAAGGAGUUCCCUCAAGUCUCUAUCGGUCACCAUCUCAUUGACUCCGCUGCUAUGCUUAUGGUUAAGGAUCCGAGGAAGCUGAACGGUAUUGUUGUUACUAGUAACCUCUUCGGUGAUAUCAUUAGCGAUGAGGCUAGUGUUAUUCCUGGUUCGUUGGGUUUGCUGCCUAGUGCUAGUUUGAGUGGUGUUCCUGAUGGCAAGGCUCGUGUUAACGGUAUCUACGAGCCUAUUCACGGUUCUGCCCCUGAUAUCGCUGGCAAGGGUAUUGUAAACCCCGUUGCUGCUAUCCUCUCCGUCGCUAUGAUGAUGCAGUACUCCUUCAACAUGUUCGACGAGGCUCGCAUCAUCGAAAAGGCCGUCAGCAACGUUAUCGAGGCUGGUGUUCGCACUGGCGACAUCGGCGGCAAGGCCAAGACCGCCGAGGUUGGUGACGCCGUCGCCGCUGAGCUGGAGAAGCUGCUCAAGUAA